AUGUCUAGAAUUGAAAGCGACGCCUUUGGCGAAAUUGAAGUGGCCUCUGAUAAGUACUGGGGAGCCCAGUCCCAGAGAUCAUUGGGUAACUUCGAUAUUGGAGAUAUCAAGAUGCCGGAACCAUUGGUCAAGGCAUUCGGAAUUUUGAAGAAGGCUGCGGCCAUCAUUAACGAAGAAUACGGAAUCUUGGAUCCUAAGUUAUCUAAGGCUAUUCAACAAGCUGCCUCUGAAGUGGCAGAGGGGAAGUUGACUGCUCACUUCCCGUUGGUUAUCUACCAAACUGGAUCUGGUACUCAGUCCAAUAUGAACGCCAAUGAAGUUAUUUCCAAUAGGUCCAUUGAGCUUUUGGGUGGAGAAAUGGGAAGCAAGAAACCUGUUCAUCCUAAUGACCACGUUAACAUGUCCCAAUCGUCCAAUGAUACCUUCCCCACAGUGAUGCACAUUGCCGCUGUGGUUGAGGUCUACAGACACUUGUUGCCAGAAUUGACCAACUUGAGAGAUGCCUUCCAGAAGAAAUCAGACGAGUUUGCUGACAUCAUCAAGAUUGGUAGAACACAUUUACAGGACGCUACACCAUUGACCUUGGGUCAGGAAUUCAGUGGAUACGUUCAGCAGUUGACCAACGGUAUUAAGAGAGUAGAGGCUGUUUUGCCAAACUUGUCAUGUCUUGCUCAAGGUGGUACUGCUGUCGGAACUGGUUUAAACACCAGAAAAGGAUUUGAUGUCAAGGUUGCUCAGGAAGUUUCCAAAUUGACGGGAUUGGAAUUCAAGACUGCUCCAAACAAGUUCGAAGCCCUUGCUGCCCACGAUGCAUUUGUAGAAGCCUCUGGUGCCCUUAACACCUUGGCCGCUUCUUUGUUCAAAAUCGCUAAUGACAUCAGAUACUUGGGUUCUGGUCCAAGAUGUGGAUACGGAGAAUUAUCGCUCCCAGAGAAUGAGCCUGGUUCGUCCAUCAUGCCUGGUAAGGUCAACCCUACUCAGUGUGAAGCCAUGACUAUGGUCUGCGCUCAAGUCAUGGGUAACAACACCACCAUCACGUUUGCUGGUGCCUCUGGUCAGUUUGAGCUUAACGUUUUCAAGCCUGUGAUCGCCUACAACUUGCUCUCUUCUAUUAGAUUGUUAGGAGAUGCUGCCAAGUCUUUCAGAUUACAUUGUGUCGAAGGCAUCAUUGCCAACAAGGAAAAGAUUGAGAAGACUCUUCAUGAAUCUCUUAUGCUUGUCACUGCUUUGAACCCAAAGAUUGGUUACGACAACGCCAGUAAAGUGGCUAAAAAUGCACACAAGAAGGGCUUGACUUUAAAAGAAUCUUGUUUGGAGUUGAAUAUGUUGACCGAAGAAGAGUUCAACGAAUGGGUUAGACCUGAGAAGAUGAUUGGUCCAAAGGAUUAA